AUGCGUUUCUCCAAGACUGCCAUUGCGGCUGUUGCUGCUGCUAGCACCGCAAGUGCUCAGCGCCCUUCCAACACCUCGAUCUGUGACUACUAUACAACAGCAUUGUUGAAGAACAACACCGCUGAUAACCAGUACACUCUUCUGACACUUGUGGUAAACACUGUUGUCAUUGGAAACUACACUCAACCCAACGUUGGAAUCAAGGUUCCUGGAAUUUUGGCUCCAGGAAAGAUUAAUGGCACUGAUGUCAACCUCCUACCUUAUUUCGAUGGCGAACUUGCUUCCAGCAACCGUGGAGGUAGCUCAGGAGUGGCUAUCAACUUCCUGGAUGGUGGUGGCGCUGAACCCUUGAUGAAGAACCUGCCCGCCAACGACGACACUUCCAUGCAAUACUUCCUUCUCACCCAUCUUUACCAAUUCUUCGGUUCCCUGCUCGGAUGCUCUGAGCAAGGUAUGCCCGGUUUCGAUGCGUUCACCGGACACGCUUCGAUGUACGAAGUCCACAAGUUCAUGGACCUCAACCCUUACGAGUUGGCAUACUUCAUCGAGCAAGUCGCCAUGUCCGCUGCCUCCUUCGGUGUUGCUGAGGAUGACCUCACCGCUGUCGGCACGGCCUUGAACUCCCUCUUCGGCUACCGGUGCGCACCACCAACCACGGUCAUCCCUUCCCAGGGUGCUGAGCUGCAAUCUAUCUGCAUCGAUGGUGCGUGCCCCGUCGCGGCAAACUCAACCUGCAGCUCGUACCAGCCCGUUGUCAUUCCUACGAACAGCACUACGAACAGCACCGCCACUGCCCCUGGCUCCCAGGGCACGGCCACCUCCUCCCUGUCUGGAUCGGGCUCAUCCGCUACCGCAACUGGCUCGUCAACAUCGGCCUCUGCCACUGUCUCGACGGCUGGUGCUAUUGUCAAUGGAAUCAACUUGGCUGCUGUUGUAGGCGGAAUCGCUGCUUUUUUGUUGUAA